AUGUGGGCCGGCCAUGAAAGAGAUUUCGGGUCGCUGGAGCACAGUCCACCAACGGCCCAAAUAGCCUGGGGAUCAACGCCUGGAGAGUCCGUUCUCAGGGUCAUGGACCCAGAGGGCGAUAGCAACAGAAAAUGUACCGUGCUGCUCCGAGGAGAGUAA